UAUCUUCUCUCCUUCUCUCUCUUACUUAUUUACAACUCUGCCCCUCUCUCUCCCUUCCGCCUCUCUCUCUCUCUCUCUCCCCCCUCUGAGCGAACGAAGCCCAAGCCCAGAGAGAGCGUUUCAAAAAGGGUGGGUGUUUUGGUAAUUUCCCAGCCGCCUCGAACUGCUCGACCUUUAACCCCAGACGCCAUUACUCAUCAAUGGAGGAGACUGAAGAUUUUCGGGCUCCCCAAAAUCCUAAUCGAGCCGUAACUGAUUUUGGACUAGGGUUUGUUUGAUCGGUUAAAGGUGCGACUUUGGGCUUCAUUUUGAGCUCUCACUUGCCUUUCCGUGUCUCUCCAUGCUAAAGAUCUCACCUUUUCCUUGAAUUCUAGGGUUUUUGAGCUGCAAUCUGAGUUCUGAAGGAGCAAAAAAACCAUUUUGGGUUUCCUUACCGCUAAAGAUCUCACCUUUGCUGCGCAUUUUUCAGUUGUCACUGUAAAAUUUCUAUUUGUGGAAACUCUCCAAUCCAUGCAUGGAUGGGAGAGAGGCAAUGGCGAUGCCCACAAACCCUUCAUCUUACUACAUCCACAGAGGACUAGGAGCCCAUGGUCCUGGUCCACAGCCCGGACUCCAUGGACCUGGACCACAAACCCUGAGAACAAUCCCCAACCAAAACCCUAGCUUACACAACCAAAACCCUAGUCCAGGUUUCCAAUUAGAGUCCUCAUCGUCGCCAUCGUCAAUGCCAAUGUCCUCUCAAGGGGUUAAUGUGAGGGAGGGCGAGCCGGUAAGAAACCAGGGGGAGGCGAAGGAAGUACGGGCCCGAUGCAGUGUCGCCCUGGCUCUCUCGCCGUUAUCCGCCAACGCCCCCGGCCGCCUCCGGUGGUAGUCGGGAUCGGUGACCCCGAAAAGGGGAAGAGGGAGGCCACCAGGGACUGGGAGGAAGCAACAGUUAGCUUCUCUUGGGGAAUGGGUUGCUGGCUCUGCAGGAAUGGGUUUCACUCCACAUCUCAUAACUAUUGCAGUAGGAGAGGACAUUGCAUCAAAGAUAAUGUCAUUCUCACAACAGGGUCCAAGAGCUAUCUGUAUUCUUUCAGCAAAUGGUGCUGUGUCCACAGUAACUUUACGCCAAACUGCGACUUCUGGUGGUACUGUUACAUAUGAGGGCCGAUUUGAGAUACUAUGUUUAUCUGGCUCUUACCUGAUAACGGAAGAUGGUGGAUCACGAAGCAGAAGUGGGGGCCUCAGCGUAGCUCUUUCAAGUCCUGAUGGCCGAGUGAUUGGUGGUGGUGUUGGUGGGUUGUUAAUAGCAGCAACCCCUGUCCAGGUAAUCGUGGGGAGUUUUCUUCAUGGCGGAUCGAAAAUGAAAAAUAAAUCAAAAAAUGAUAAGGACUCAUCAGGUAUCGAAAAUGAGCUUGAUAUGGGCGAUAAACAGAGCACGCCGAUGGGUUCAAUGCCCAACCAGACGAUCCCGACUUCGUUGAUGGGAGGAUGGCCAGGAUCAGGGCUCAAUAUGAGGAGUGCCCUCGAUAUCGACUUGACUCGUGGGUGACUUGUUGCGAUUCUAUGGUGGAAGUGUUUAAUGUAUAUUAUUUGGUAUUAUUAGAUGGCAGGUACUUGAGAACCCUCUUUCUUGAGGAUUUCUGUUGCUCACUCGAUCAUAUACUAACUUGAUUCUUGUAGCAAAAAAGAUCAAUCGUUGGAUCAUGACGCCUGGUAGAUUGAUACAUUUAGUAUUUGCUUAAUUUAGCUUUGUGACAUUUGUAGUUGUUCUCAUUGAACUGAGGUUAUCACAUUUUUAUGUAUAAAGAUGUGGUUAUUGAGCUGGGUUU